CUAAAACACUUCCUCUACACUGAGCACGCCGCUCUAGACCCGCUCUCACCUCCCACUAGCAUCACUAGCAUCACUAAUAUCAUGAAGCUAAACCCCAUCCAGACCCAGCUCCAGAAAAUAAUUCCUUCUCCAUGCUCACCUCCAGUCCACGUCGAAAUCCGAUUCUGUCUCGAUUCAAUCUUCCUGCGUCUUGCAUCUUGUGUCUGGUUUUCAACCUUCUUUCUUGUUCCUUCAAACACUGUAUAGUACUUGGGACCUCUUCUAACUUUGUACAUUAUCUCCCAUUCCUCGGUCACUCCUUUUCCCACUGCUGUCACUCGCAUAGUGAAUUUUAGAACAACUGGUCCUGGGCUUGACUACUUUCUCAAUGGCGGACUCCACUGGUGUUGUGACUGCCCCAGCUGACGUCACUGCCCAAGAGUCGGGCCCAGACCUACCCAACGGUACCAACGGGACCAACGGUCACCCACACGAGCAUUCCCACAAUCAUGAGCACAAUCACGAUGACAACGCUGGAGGACUGUUCCAGGUCUCCGUCAAGCUGCCUCACCACCCUUAUUCCAUGCAAAUAACGGUCACGAGCCAGGAGCAGGUCCAGGAUGUACGACAGUCCAUAGUCGAGACUCCCGAUACCUUUCAGUAUACUUGUUUCCACCUCGAGCACAACGACCAGAGGAUAAACGAUUUUGUCGAGCUCUCCGAAGUCAAAGAUCUCAAGGCCGACGACGAACUCGUCCUCGUCGAAGACCCAUACACUGAGAAAGAAGCAAGAUUGCAUGUGGUGAGGAUCCGAGAGCUCAUCGGUGCCACCGGCGACCGUUCCGACCAGCUCCAUGGCCUUGCCGCUGGCCUUUCUCUUCACGAUGAAAAGUUUGGCUCCGUCCUAGCCCCCGCGCCCAAGUCUGACGACAAUCCUCUCGCGAGAUACGACGUCCAAGCCCCUCCUUCACUCGAUGCCAUCCUGUCAUCGCAGCCACACAAUCUCCCCAAAACCAUCAAAUCUCUGUCUGUUUCUCAAUGGAAUCCUCCACCGUACCACUUGCGCCAACGCGGCCAUCUCCUCUAUCUUCAGCUCACCACAAAUGAGGGAGAGCAGUUCCAUGUCACCGCCGCUGUUUCCGGUUUCUAUGUAAACAAGUCUUCUAGCAACAAGUUUGAUCCCUUUCCCAGGCCUGCACCCAAGAAUCACCACGCCCACUCCCUCCUCUCUUUGAUCUCCAUCCUUUCACCUUCUUUCAGCGAAACCUUUGUCGACCUUCAAAAAGCCAAUGGUCAAAAAGAUCUCCUCACAACCUUUCCCUUCCAAAAUGCCAUCCCCGCGAACCCGUGGCUGGUGCCCCAGUCCGCCAUUCAAACCAGCCAGCACCAGUCCGACCCAACUCGACCCCAGGAAGCCUACUUGAUCGGUGGGGCGGACGGCGCCGAAAAUCUUCGAGACUGGAACGAAGAGUUUCAAACCACCCGAGAGCUGCCGCGAGACUUGCUCCAGGAUCGGGUGUUCCGGGAACGACUUACUUCCAAACUCUUUGCCGACUACAACGACGCCGCUGCACGUGGUGCUGUUCUGGUGGCAAGAGGCGAAGUAGCACCUUUGAACCCCACCGAAGGCCGCGAUGCUCAGAUCUUCAUUUACAACAACAUCUUUUACUCCUUUGGUGCCGAUGGUGUUCAGACUUUUGCCAGCGAAGGCGGUGAUGAAGCGGCAAGAGUCGCUGUUGGCAAGGAUGUUGCCGGUGUCAAAGCUGUCAACCAGUUGGACAUCAACGGCCUCUUCACUCCAGGCACGGUGGUCGUAGAUUAUCUCGGCAAACGCAUCGUGGGCCAGAGCAUUGUGCCUGGCAUCUUCAAGCAACGGGAACCAGGCGAACAUCAAAUCGACUAUGGCGGUGUCGAGGGAAGAGACAUUGUGACCGAGAACCAGGCCUUUGUCCCCGUUUUUGAGAAGCUGUCCAAGGCACUCCACAUCAAAAAGCACGCCGUCUGGGACAAGGAUGGCAAACGCCAUGACCUGGAGGGUAGUGUCGAAACCAAGGGAUUGCUUGGCACCGACGGCCGCAAGUAUGUUCUGGACCUCUAUCGUAUCACUCCUCUCGACGUCGCUUGGUCGGAAGAGGUGGAGGCGGACGGCCGUGAAAAGUAUCCCCACCGCAUGUCCGUUCUCAGAAUCGAGUUGGUCGAAGCAUACUGGCGCACCAAAAUGCAGGAGUACGUCCGCGCAGAAGUCGAGAAACGACGGGCCAAUAAAGCCAACGGCCAGGGCACCGAGAACGCUGCCAUCGAACACGCCAAGGCAGACACCCAGGAAGAGGCCAACGAUUCUCUCGACAAGACCGAAGGCGAUGAGCAGAAGAAAGCAGCAGCCCUCGAUCAGGAAAGGGUCGACAUCUCCAAUUUCACACUGGCACUCAACACUGAUUCAUUCAGCGGGCAAAUUCCGCAGACGGACGAGGAGAAGGAGGAUCUUGCCAACGAUGAGAAAGAUGUCCGUGCCGUUUGCGACUUUUUGCGUGUCAAAGUCAUACCUGAUCUGAUCACCGACCUGCACGAUGGUGAUGUUGGUUUUCCCAUGGACGGACAGUCGUUGUGUCAACUUGUGCACAAACGCGGCAUCAACAUCCGAUACUUGGGUCGUCUUGCACAAGCCUCUUUGGACAAAGGUCAUCGUCUCCAGGCCUUCUCCGGGGUGGUCCUGCAAGAAAUGGUUGCCCGUGCAUUCAAGCACAUUGCAAACGGCCACCUCCGCCAUCUACCCGCCGUCUUCGCUGCUUCGGCCCUUGCACAUCUUCUCAAUUGCCUGCUUGGAGUGGAGUACAACUCGAAGCCACGACCGGAAAUCGAAGAGGAGCUUCGUUCGCUCUACCCCGAUGGGGAUUUCUCGUUUGAGAAGGUGAACCCUACGAGUCUCAAAGCUGCCAUAGAGAAACAGGUGCUCGUCCGAUAUCGGUACCAACUCCCGAGUGAUUGGCAGACGACUGUGCAACCCCUUCCUCUGCUCCGUGAAAUUGCCCUUAAACUUGGUCUGCAGCUUGUUGCCAGAGAUUACACCUUCAAGACGGGCUCACACCUUGCUGUCGAUCUCUCGCCUGCAAGAAGCAGCAGUGAUACACAGUCGAACAACGGAGGUUCAAACGACGAGAGCAGUAAGAAGAAGAAAAAGAAGGGCGUCGAUCAGUCAUUGGCCAAGAAGGUUCCUGCUAAACCCAGCACGACUUUUACACCAGGAGAUAUCGUCAACAUUGCUCCGAUUGUCAAGGAUGCUGCGCCUCGCAGUGCACUGGCCGAAGAAGCUCUCGAGGCAGGCAAGAUCUCGCUCGCGCAGGGACAAAAACAGCUUGGACAAGAACUCGUGUUGGAGAGCUUGUCCCUCCACGAACAGAUCUACGGCAUCCUGCACCCCGAGGUGGCUAAGAUGUACCACUCCCUGUCCACUAUCUACUACCAGACGGAUGAGAAGGAAGCCGCAGUGGAACUGGCACGAAAAGCGGUCAUUGUGACGGAAAGAACGUUGGGCGUCGACUCGCAUGAUGCUAUUUUGGCUUAUCUGAAUUUGUCACUCUUUGAGCACCAUGUCGGCAACACCAGACAAGCCUUGAAGUAUGUGCGACAUGCACUCGAGGUGUGGAAGAUCAUUUUCGGCCCCAGCCAUCCCGACUCGAUUACGACCAUGAACAACGCCGCCGUCAUGUUGCAGUCAUUGAAAGAGUACCCAGAGUCACGCAAAUGGUUCGAAGCGUGCUACAAGGUCUGCGAAGAGCUGUUUGGGCCACAAUCCAUCAACGCCGCCACGAUUCUCUUCCAACUAGCUCAAGCACUGGCUCUCGACGGAGAUGCCAAAGGCGCCGUCAACAAAAUGCGUGAUGCGUAUAGCAUCUUCCUGGCGGAGCUGGGCCCCACGGACCGCAACACCAAGGAGGCGGAAAGCUGGCUGGAGCAGUUGACACAGAACGCUGUGUCAAUUGCGAAGCAGGCGAAACUGUUGCAAACUCGACGUAUAGGAGGCUUACGGCAGCUACCUCGUAUGGGUGGGAUGGGGACCAGGUUGCAGCCUCAGAAUGCAACCACUGCGGCACCAAAUUUGUCGGGCAGGACAGCUACGUCAGAGCCCAGCCUGCGCACAGGCACGGGCGACCCGGCCCUAGAAUCAAGAAGCAUCGAUGAGCUGGUGAGAUAUAUUGAAGGAGCAGACCUCGGCAAGAGCUCUGCGAGCAAAAAGAAAAAGUCUUUGAACCCCAAAGCACGUGGGUCAAGAAAGGCGGCAGCCUAAGCCACUGAGCGAAUAAGCCGGGAAGCGAUCUACGUGCUGAUUUGGAUCUGAGGCACACUACCAUGUCUUAUAUUGACGAAGGCGAGGAUGAUCUUGUCAUGUUGGAACGAGCGUCUGAAUCUGGGGGUCGAGUCAUCCAACUUUGAACAUUUUGUACAACACAAAAAGCACAGCCUGGCGGGUCAACAGAGCAUGGUUCUGCUGGGCAGGCGUCGGUUGAUGGGCAAUGUCUUGAACAGAACUGUGAUGGUCUCCGGCCAGAAGUGGGAGACAAGAGGUGUAUUUUCGUGCCCAUUAAAUGGAGCAAAGGACCAAGAGCGGGAGAUGUAUAAAGAGCUAACAUAAUAUCAAACAUUCUCAACUCC